GCUGCUAGGGCUCCAGAUUGACGCGCAGGGCGGAGCUUCUCGGAAACAGAAACCGGCGGGGCUGGGCCGGGGGCGGGGAUGGCGGUAAAGGAAGGAGGAAGCGCGGACAGGCGACGCAACUCCACAGCGCUGGGGCUCCGGGGGUAUCCCACCAUGGCUGCAGAAGUCUCCCGCGCGGAGUCCGCGUCCCCCGCCUGCUCCAUGUCCUCCCUGCCGCUGGCUGCUCUCAACGUGCGAGUGCGGCGCCGCCUGUCGCUGUUCCUGAACGUGCGGACGCAGGUGGCGGCCGAUUGGACCGCGCUGGCCGAGGAGAUGGGCUUCGAGUACUUGGAGAUCCGGCAUCUGGAGACGCACGCCGACCCCACGGGCAAGCUGCUGGACGACUGGCAGGGACGCCCUGGCGCCUCGGUGGGCCGCCUGCUUGAGCUGCUCACCAAGCUCGGCCGCGAGGACGUGUUGGUGGAACUGGGGCCCGGCAUCGAGGAGGAUUGCCAAAAGUAUAUUCUGAAACAGCAGCAGGAGGAGUCUGAGAAGCCCUUACAGGUGCCUGCUGUAGACAGCAGUGACCCACGGACACCAGAGCGGGGGGGCAUCACCAUGCUUGAUGACCCCUUGGGGCAAAUGCCUGAGCGUUUUGAUGCCUUCAUCUGCUACUGCCCCAGCGAUAUCCAGUUUGUUCAGGAGAUGAUCCGGCAGCUGGAACAGACAGACUAUCGGCUGAAGUUGUGUGUGUCUGAUCGUGAUGUCCUGCCUGGCACCUGUGUCUGGUCCAUUGCCAGUGAGCUCAUUGAGAAGAGGUGCCGCCGGAUGGUGGUGGUUGUCUCUGAUGAUUACCUGCAAAGCAAGGAAUGUGACUUCCAGACUAAGUUUGCGCUCAGCCUCUCUCCAGGUGCCAGCUUGGAACUCCUUGGCUUGCAGGUGCCCAUCAGAAGCGAUUGAUCCCCAUCAAGUACAAGGCAAUGAAGAAAGAGUUCCCCAGCAUCUUGCGGUUCAUCACCGUAUGCGACUACACCAACCCCUGCACCAAGUCCUGGUUUUGGACUCGCCUCGCCAAGGCCCUGUCCCUGCCCUGAAGACUGCCGUGGGCCCCUGGGUGUGUGUGCAUCUCUCUGUCUGCCCGUACGUGUACUUCUGCCCCUGCUUCCUCCUGCAGUUGUAGGGGUAAUCUGUGCUCCACUUGCCUCUCAUUCCUGGAGAUGCCGACUCCACAGACAUAUCUGUAGCCACCAUACAUAGCUGUGGACGUUGCAUCUCAUGUCCUGCACGGAACCAGUGGCUGUAAGUGGCACGUUGGCACGUCCGCGGGCUGGGUUAUCAGCCAAGACAGUGAAAUCCAGAGCCAGCUGGCACUAAGAGGACCAGCGGAACCAGCCCUGACCUGUCCAACACAUCUUAGGCCUCAGUUUCUCCACCUGAGAACUAAGUAGGGUGGGGAGAACUGGCAGUAGCUGUGUUUGAAUCACUCUCGAGGGGGCUUAACCUUGGACAAAGGUGGGACACAUUUAUAUUCCUUUUCCCUUUUUUUCCCUCUUCAUUGAAACCUAACUCUGGAAAGAGCCCAAUGUGCCAGCACUUGUGCCUUCAGUGAAGCACAGAGCAAGGAAGAGGGCCGCUUGAACUCGCAGAGCGAGUAAGCUGCAGACUUCCCUCCCAGGGGAUUUGUAUGCUAGUUAUCUUCAAGCUCUCCUCGGGGGAGAAAAUGGCAUGGGCUCAGGGCUCUGUCCCAGGCCAGACCCCAGGACCCUAAAUCUAAUCGAAAAAUGUGUCUUUGCUGCUCCACACCCAGCCAGGGCUAGGGCAAGGUACCUUUCCUCAGGGUCUUGGGACUGGAGGCCCCUCUCUGCAUGAUCUUGAUGAAGCACUUAGCUAACUGUGCACUUAUCCUCACUUUGAUCUUGGGGAUUAUUUUUAAACAAUUUGAAAAAAAGUAUCUUUCAUCCCUGUUUUGUAUGCAUUGUGAGAACUUCAGAGAGCUGAGAUAUGCCCUAUGUGUGUCCUUUCUCUUCUGUAUCCUGGGUUUAUAAUAAAGAGUUCUUUACUUUUGGAA